CAAGUCGGAAAGAAAGAAUUUAAUAUAAUAGCGUACAUUUUCGACCGGCCUGGAUCGCUCCGGGAGCGAUUUGCCAUUUCGUUUACUCCCGAUUUUUAAUUGGUCAAUUGUUACUUUUACUCCAUUACUCCUGCUGAUAUUAGAGCUUUUGGAACACAGCCUAGGAUUGAUCGAAUUCCAUAAUGGAAGACGCCACUUUUCUUGAAAUUGACGACUCUAUUAGGACUAAAAAUUUAUUAUUAUUUGAUAGAGAUAGGGAUACUUUAAAUCAGCAGAUGGACGAAUUUAUGAAACAAUUGGACACACCAUCUAUUCUUGUACAACCUAUUCCUGGCGUCUGCGUGAAAACCAAAACAGUUAAUGGAGAUAAAGUUUUUGUUAACAUAUGCACAUCCGAUAAAAUCCCACCACCAGAGGAUAUAUCUGAUACUAAGCUAUUUCAACUUAUAAAUGAUGAAGUACCUGCUUACACUAUACCAAUGAGUAUUGGUUCGGAAAGGAUGGAAGUGGAUAAAUCUGGGAAACCUAGUGCAACGUAUGAUGUCAUGAUAAAUACAAUAUAUUUUAAAAAAUGUCAAGAAAAGAAACAUUUCAUGGCAUUUACAACAUUAGUCAUAUUAAGUGGUGUGGCAGAUAAGUUUAACAAAGAGAUUGAUUCAGAAAAUUACGUUAUUCUUAAAAAUCGUCUAGUAAUGGGAAAACUUCAGCAACAUAGAAUAGAAAAUCGUAAGCCCAAAAAGCCACAAAGUCGCAAAUCAUUGAUUGAAGAAGUUUCACAUUCCACGAAGCCCAUCGAUAAGAUGGGAUCUGAUCUACAAGCUGGUGACAUAACAAAAACGGGUUAUGUAAUUUUAAGAGAACCAGCGAAAGGUCCAACUGAACGUUUAAUUACUUUAUUCGAUAUGCCAAAAAGCGUUUCAAUCGAAGAUAUAGUAGUGUUGAUCAACUCAGAUCGCAUAAAUGUCACAGAUGAGAAAGCUUGUUAUUCAUAUGACGUUUUACUUCCCUAUAUACUCAAAGCAGAUAAUGCAAGAGCUUUUCUGGAUUACAAUAUUGGAGUGUUACGAAUAGAUAUAAUAAUAAAAUAAAUGCUAUCUUAGAAACGUAUAUUUGGUUUAAAAUAUAUCUGAAAAAGUAAAAAUAAAUAAUCUUGUUUAGAAUUAUAAAAAUUCAAUAAACAAAUAAGAUAUAAAAUAUAUUUCAUACAGCAGUAUAAAUUGAA